UAACUCGGCCCAGAACGCGUACGACGGCCGUGCCUGCUUUUCGCCCGUUUUUACACACCACAUCGCACCAAAUGCGCAGCCCGCCGGCUUGAGCACAACGCGCGCCGCGCCUUUUCAUGUGCGCUACGCGAGACUGUUGCUCUCUAGUCGGCCAGGCCGGGCCACGGGAGAAACGAGAAAGCCCGUCCUCGCUCAGCGUGUGCUUCAACGUUUUGAAUCUCGUUUUGCGAGUGGGAUUUUCACCGAGAAAUGCCAUGAGAAAACACAUCUGAGCGCGCGCCGCGUCCGUGCAUUCAUUCAGCGGCGCGCGAGUUGAGUCUACAACGCUCUCAUAUCUGUUUUUAAGACCAGCCCCCGGCCGCGGGGAGGGAGGAUCCUGUGUUACACACUAACGUACAGCGUACGACUCGUGUAUUCUACGUAGUUCCAAGAGAGAUGGCAGAAGUCGCACCCGCUCCCGCCGCCGCGCCGGCCAAAGCGCCCAAGAAGAAAGCAGCUUCGAGAGCAAAAAAAGCCGGCCCUAGCGUCGGCGAACUGAUCGUCAAAGCCGUUUCCUCGUCUAAGGAGAGGAGCGGCGUGUCUCUCGCUGCUCUGAAGAAAGCGCUGGCUGCCGGCGGAUACGAUGUGGAGAAGAACAACUCCCGCGUCAAAAUCGCUGUUAAGGGUCUCGUGACUAAAGGCACUCUGGUGCAGACCAAAGGGACCGGCGCGUCUGGCUCUUUCAAGCUGAACAAGAAGCAGACCGAAGCCAAGAAGCCCGUGAAGAAAGCCGCGCCCAAAGCGAAAAAGCCCGCCGCCAAAAAGCCCGCCGCUACUAAGAAGCCCAAGAAGGUAGCGGCCAAGAAACCCGCCGCCGCGGCCAAGAAGUCUCCUAAGGCGAAGAAGCCCACAGCCGCCGCAAAGAAAGCCACCAAGAGCCCGAAGAAGGCGAAAAAGCCCGCGACCCCUAAAAAGGCAGCCAAGAGCCCCAAGAAAGCGAAAGCUGUCAAGCCCAAGACCACAAAGCCUAAAGCGGCAAAGGCGAAGAAGGCAGCACCCAAAAAGAAGUAAAGACGUUUGUUUCUUUCAUGCUUUUGU